GGCAGCACUGGUAGUCAUCGAGAUUUGACCAAAACAAACUAAAGAGAGAAGAUAUUUGGUUAGGUGUCGAAAGUGUCACGCAUAUAUUUACAACUGUCGUGUAGAUUAAAUGAUAGAGUUGCGGUGGCAUAAAUUACUGAGGUUUCUCUAAAGGUUAACUGGAUGUAGUAGUAGUAGUAGUAGUAGUAGUUGUAGUUUAAGUUAUCUGUUAGCCAGAAAGCUAUCGUUACCGUCAGCUAACGGUAACGUUAUGCCAGGCGACCUGACAGCAGCCGGGAGAAGAAGCUGCUGCUUCUGUUGCCUUAAUUAUCAGCCCAGCAAAUCCAACUGGGUUAAUUUACCACUUGGUAAGAAAGUUGGUUUAUUGAGCUAAUCCAAGACACCGUAAACGUUACUUAACAGUUGCGUGUAUCGCCUGAAUAACAACGUAAAGUAUGGGGAUGUGCCUACCGUGCCUUGGUGGAGCAGCGGACGACGUUGUUGCCACUCCAGAUCCUGAUACAAGAAGGCGACAAUUAGCCGAGGCCGCCGAGAAGAGACAAAAAGAGACAACAUACAGGGGUGUUAAAAACCCAGAAGCAGUCGAGAGGAAAAGGAAAAAGCAAGAAGAAAUUGAGAAGCAGGAGAUGACCACCUCUGUUUCUGGUGGUGGUGGGUUGAAGUGGCAGGUGGGCUGAAAAUGGAGAUGGUAAAAGCUGAAGUCUUGACUCUGAAGUACAAAAACAACAUGAAGUAUUACUGCAAGAUGACCUGAGAGAUGUUUGAUCUGCUGUCCACAUUUGAUUUUAUUUCAUUUCUUUGACGAUUUAAUGAUGUUAUGACGGUUGUCAUGUUUAAUGCCGAACAAUCUGAAGUGAUUACAGACAGUAGGCCUACAGCAGGGCACUCCCACUUGUUGCCAAGUUACACAAUGGGGUUUGAACCUUAGGACAAGUCAGGGAUGACACAGAAACAUUCAAACAAACACACUUCCUACUGUAUGAGUUGAAUUGGGUUAAGAUAAAACAGUCUUAUGGUGACUAAGACUAGGUAACAUGAAUUUUAUUAUUAUAAAGUCCUGUGAGUGAUAUCCUCAUUUAUCCUUUUUCUCAACACUAACGUAUUGUCACUACAUUUGAUAACAUUAUCCACAGUCUGUUAUGCAUACAACACAUUUCACAUUCACACACAGUUUAUGUUUACAAAGAACCUGAAGUGGGUUUACUGUAGGAUUAGUUCACAGUAAUAAGCAGCCUUUUGAUUUUUUAUUCUUCCACAUUGUUUAGACCCUGAUUGUUGGCAACACAGAGACUGGUGCAUACAGGAUAUCAUUGACCUUGUGCACCUGGACUUUGGACUUUGGACUGCUCUUUGUCUUUGCCGCUUUAAAAGGUCAUUAUUAUUAUUUUUCUGCACAAUUUGAGUUUGUUGCAAUGUUUGCAAAACACAUACUCAAGCCUGCUUAAUUUAAAUAAGUUAUGAAAUGUGUUUAUGAGAUGCCAUAUGACAAACAGAAGCUGUUGUUAGAGAUCUAUUUGCACUGUUUGUCAGCAUUUGGAGGACAGCAACUAUGUCUGCUCACACUCGGAUGUAACAGGAGUUUUAUGUAAAACACAAUGGAAACAGAAAGAGAGAGAGAAAAAAAAGGAGGAGAAUAAGUAAAGUUUGUACUGCAUAUGUAGUAGAUUAAAUGAGUGCGUUUCUAUAGCCUUCACUUGAUCCUUAAUGCUUCCGGUGCUUUAAACAUUUUGUAAAAACAGAAAAUUCAGCCAAUGUUAUUUACUACAAUAAAUCACAUUUCUGCUA